AUGCCUAUCCCUUUCCUCAUGUACGUCAUCGGCCAUGGCCCUCCCGACUGGCUUCGCGAUAAUGCGUACACGAUUUUAACAGUCACGACAACGGUCACACUACUUUACUUUCUGAAGAGAUGGACAUCGGGGCAAUUAAAUCCAGCGGAGAAGAACCUCCAUGGCAGAGUGGUAAUGUUCACAGGCGGAACAUCCGGAAUAGGUGCUUUAGCAGCACAAGAGAUGGCAAGCCGUGGCGCUCAAAUAAUUCUCCUCACGCAUACGCCGCCUUCGGACCCCUUUCUCGUGGAAUAUAUCCAAGAUAUGCGCGAUCGAACGAACAACCAACUCAUUUACGCCGAACAGGUCGAUCUUUCCAGCCUCCACAGCAUCCGAAAGUUUGCUACAAAAUGGAUUGAUAAUGCGCCUCCUCGAAGAUUGGACAUGAUUGUGCUCUGUGCUGCGACAAUGACACCACCUGGCGGAAAGAGGCGGGAAACGAAAGAGGGUAUAGAGGAGACGUGGAUGGUUAAUUAUUUGGCCAAUUUCCACCUGCUGGGAAUACUGAGUCCUGCAAUCAAGGCACAGCCGUUUGACCGAGACGUGAGAAUCAUUGUCGCAACAUGCUCCUCCUACAUUGGGUCGCCUUCUUUGAAGGAGGUCAUUGUCGAUAAGAGCUGGUCCCCAUCGAUUGCAUACGCUCGGAGUAAGCUUGCCCUGACAGUGUUUGGGCAAGCAUUGCAGAAACAUCUCGACACCUACAAGCGCCCUGACCAACUUCCGAUGAACGCCAAAGUCAUUUUUGUCGACCCAGGACUAAGCCGCACUCCUGGAACACGACGCUGGCUAACACGAGGAUCUCUCCUUGGUCUCGCCAUCUACGUUUUGGGAUAUUUCUUCCCAUGGCUUUUGCUUAAAUCGCCAUUUAGAGGCGCGCAAUCUAUUCUUUACGCUGCAAUGGAGUCCGGUCUGGCUGUGGGCCAUGGAGGGAGGUUGAUCAAGGAGUGUAUGGAAGUGGACUUUGCUCGAAUCGACGUAAAAGACGACGACGUGGCUAAGAAACUAUGGGAGGAGAGCGAUGCAUUGAUCGAGCGAACGGAAAAGGAAGCUGCAAAAAGGAGGGCUGCGGAAAAGGCAACCAAGGACAAGGAAGAUGAGAAGAAGAAAGAGCAGGAAAGGGUGGAAGAAAUCGAAGGACUAGUGGAUACAAUUCGGAGGGGCAAGCAAAAGCAACAGCAGCAAGAGAAGAAACCGAAGAGUGGUAAAAGCAAAAAGUAG